AAAUGCAUGCACGGGACCGGAGAAGCCUCGAGCUUGGCCCCGAGAAAGCACCUGAAGCGGCGCGAAGAACCCCCGGGAUCCGGAUGCCGUUGCAGGCGGGCCGGGCCAGCGCUGCUCCUCCCUCCCGGAGGGCCCUCCUUUCCCGGCAGCCCCGCGCUGCUUCCUCCGCCGCCUCCUCGCAGGGACAAAGCGAAAGUGAACCCAGACGCCUCGCAGCCGCCGCCGCCAUCCCCAGUCGCGGUUGCUGCUUCGCGAUCCGGACACCGCUGCAGGCGAUGGAGGAAGAAUUUGAGUUCCUGCUGUGCGGGAGGUGCCAGAGAGAGGCCCCGAACCCCAAGCUCCUGGCCUGCCUUCACACCGUCUGCAUGGAGUGCCUGGAAGAGAACAAGCCCGUGGGCCAGUGUCCUGUCUGCCGGUUUUCCUUCGCACGGACCAGCGGGGUCCCCUUCCAAGAUAACGUGCUCUUUUCAAGCCUCCAGGCCAAGCUGAACACCUACCGGAAGAUUGCCGGUGACAGGGAUUUGGUGUGCGAUAACUGCAAAGAUGCGGCUGAGUUCUGGUGCUCUGAGUGCUCCGAGUUCCUCUGCCUGAAAUGCUACAAGUCUCACCAGUGGUACUUGAAGCAGAAGAGCCACGAGACCCAGAAACUGGCCGAUCUGAAGAAGGAUACUGCCCAGAGUUUCCUGGAGGGGGCAAAGAAGUCUAGCAACCUUUUAUGUUCGGAGCACACCCAAGUUAUAAGCAUCUACUGCCGCGGGUGCCGCAAGCCCCUGUGCUGCUCCUGCGCUCUGCUCGACGGUGAGCACUACAAUGCCAAGCUGUACUGCGACAUCCGCGCGGAAAUUGAAGGCAGGAAGGAGGAGCUGGGCAGGAUAAAGGCGGAGCUUGGCGAGAAGAGGAGGAGCUACGAGAAGACGUACAGCGCCGUCCACGAACGGCUGCAGCAGCUGGAGAAGGUGCGCAAGGAGACCCGAGAGGAGAUCCAGGAGAAGGUGGAGGAGAUGGUCCAGUGGAUCCAGAGUAAGGGGGAGGAGCUCCUGGCGAAGGUGGACAGCCAGCUCCACCAGGAGCGCGAGGACGUGCAGAGGAAGCUGCAGUGCGCCGAGCGCAUCGUCAAGAGGUUGGAGUCCGGCGAGCGGCUGGUGGAGAAGAUGAACCUCUUUGCUUCGGACCAGGAGGUGUUGGACAUGGCCCCCUUCGUCAAGGAGUCCUUGGACGAUCUCCGCAAGGAGAAGGUGCUGGCUGUGGGUUUCCGGGUCCAGGCGGAUAACAUCUCGGAGGUCAGAGGUGAACUCCAGGCCCUGUUUAACAGGGUGAGAGGCUGCGAAGAUGCUGUCGGCUGCCUGCCUUCUGUUUCUCGGCCAGUUGCCCCAGCGGUCAGUUCGAAAGGUCUUCAUAAUGAGAAAAGCCAGCCAAGGAGCCAGGCGCCCACGUACACCCUCAGUCUCAGAAAGACACCUCAUGGAUUUGUCUCCUCGAUCAGCUGCCCAGUGAAACGGCUGAUGGGACAGACGGAAAAGUCCAUUCAGGCUUCUCCCAAGGCGAUGAAGUUGGAGGACCGCUACCAUGACAACGGGCAGAGCUCCAAGAUGCAGGUCCAUUACCAUGACGACGGGCAGAACUCCGAGAUGCAUGUCCAGGAUGUUGGGCUGAGUUCCUGGUCCCCUUCCCCCCGCGAGUCGACCCCAGAGAGGGAGCAGUGUGGGGCGGUCAACGCGGUGGAGCUCCUGGAGAAUUCUGUGCACGAGAUCUGUGAAUCGGAGGUCGCCAGCAUCCUGAUCAGCAGCUCCGAGGACACUGAAGACGACAUGAUGUGAUUGCUCACCGCCGCUGGAAUGUCCGCCCGAGGUCUGAGGGGGUGUCGACAGCAGCAGAGCAGAGGUGCCUUUUCCAAAGCUGACCUCGAAACCCCAGCCAUGACAUCGCUUGCCAAGAUGCCCACAUCUCUCUCGCUCCCUCCUUCCUUCCACUGGCUGAUUGAUUCUGCAGAGAACGUCUUUCUCACAGUUCGUUUGCACACAGACAGUCCUGCUCGUCCCAGGGUUGUGUUGAGCUGUGCCACUCUUGACCCCAAGGCUGUCCACUCCUCAUUCCUGCCCGGGCAGCACAAGUGCCUUUAGGUGAUGCUGCUGCAAUACCUUAUGAGUACUUAGCACCCACCAGGAGCAACAGCUGAUCACAGGCAGAUCACAGGUAGUGGUCUUCUGAGAAGGAACACGUGUUUCCCUGGUCAGCAGUGAAUUUUACCUUGGCCCAUCGGUGGGCCAAGGCACCGCCCAUCGAUUCUCCCCAAUGGCUUGCUACCCCUCUCCUUUUAUCUGGCAAGGGCUGGUGGCAGCCUUAAGGCAGCUGAGAUUUGGCCUGUGCCAUCCCUUCUGUCCAAUUAUUAGCUUAGGAAUUUUGUAAGGUACUAUUGUCAUGAAACAUGUUUGAUGUGGAAAGCCGACUGUUUGCUACAUGCACCCCCUCGGUUAAUUUCUCUCCUGCCAUGGGAACAGAUGCACCCAGGAGGCUUGAAAAAAUCAAGGAGGGUUGGCAAGACUAAACGUUAUGCCCAGUUUUUUGUAUGGGGGACUAGAAAUUCAGGAGCGCAGUGCUGGGUCAGAGCAAAGGCCCAGCCUGUCUUCCAGCCAGAUGUUUAGAAGAAGCGGGAGAUCAAUAGCCCCACCUGGAUUCUGACUCAUUUCAGAAAUUCACGGCUGCCAGCCGGUGCCUUAGAGGGCAUUAACAGAGAAUUAGGCACAUUGAUUUCAUUUCUGGAUUGCUACCCAUGACAGAACAUCCCAAAGACAUUAACUGUAGAAAUAGAUUUUUAAAAAUAGUUACAGUCAUACCUCUAGUAGCGUUAGGUUUACGUUGCGUUUUUUCUGGUUACGAAUGUGGCAAACCCGGAAGCGUUUACUUCCGGGUUCGCCGAUAUGCGCAGGAGCGAUCUGCGCGCUUUGCGCAUGCGCAGGAGCGAUUUGCAAACUUCGUGCAUGCGCAGGAGUGCUCUAUCACGUCAUGCGCAGAAGCGGUGCUCUACUUACGGACUUUUCGGUGUGUGAGCGGCACACCGGAACAGAUUGCGUCCGUAAGUAGAGAUACCACUGUAUACAGGUACAGACUGGGACAUGGAUACCCACUUAAAAGACUGGAGGGAGCAAAAAGGCAAUAGAGGCAGUGCCUGUGAGCAAUGAGGAUGUCUUAAUGUUGGCCUUUAGGCAUGACACUCUUUACUGGUUGUUGGGGGGAAAUCUAGAAGACGAGGGCUAUUCCCUCCACAUCUUGCUUGUGGGCUUCCCAUUUGAGGCAUCUGGUUGGCCACUGUGAGAACAGGAGUCAUGGGCCUCAUCCGGCAGCCAGGCUCUUUUGACACACUCAGUUUUUUUAGGGUCCCUCCAGCCUGGUGUUGUGGGCUUGCUUUUGCUUUUCUUCCACAGCAACUCCUUGACGCAGGAUCAGUGCAAUAUUGCGGGUUGUCCCCAGAUCAGUCCGCUUCAUUAGUUGUUCUGAGACGCUUUCCCUGCGUUGCCGCAUUAUUGCUUUCUGGAUGGACGCUCCUGCCCUGUAGCACGACGAAGGAGGGAUGUUAGAAAAACCCUGCAAGAUCAGUGGUAUGAAAAGUUAGCAGGAAGUUGUGGGAUCUGCACUAACUGGAAAUUUGAGCUUAAGUUUCAGUCAUGUCUGUUGCUGGUUGAUUUCACUUUUUUUU